AGAUAUUGGGUGAUCGCUCGCAUUGAAGCUAUGCUAGAAAGAAUCAUUGACGGUCUUUUGGGACAACAUGAGUCUCUUACCAUAACCUUGAAGUCCCGUGCAGCCUUUUCUCGUAGAAAUGCUCCCAGCAAUGAAGGAGAUGAAUCAAUCCCUAAGCCCAAAGAGCGCGACAUCAACUUCCCAGGCGCCAAUGCUCAGGAAGCUUGGAAAUUCACUGUGCUGUUACGAAUUCUGGAGCUCAUUCAUGGUAGUCUCCUCGACAAUACCCUUAUGACCAAGCGGGACCUCUACUAUCGACAUCCCGAUCUAUUCGUGAAGCAGUCCGUUGUAGAUCGAUACGUAGAUGAUCUUGCAUGUACGUUUGACAUUACUAGAUCA